GCCCUUGAGCCCACAGUACAUAGUUUGUCUCUUUCGACAGUACUUGAUCGAAAAGGCAAGCUGUACUUAUUUGUGUCUCCAGCAUGGUAAGAUAGCAUCCACCUUGUUUAUUUUCAAGGUUUGUGCGUUGUAAUUCUGUGUAGAGAGAAUGAAAAAGACGGAGAGAUUUCAGUUUGGUCCUUGGUCGGUUUCAUCUGUCAAGGGAUCGAUACUCAAAGCAAAUGACACAGAAAGGCUCUCUGCUGAACUCUCCUUACCGGCCCUACCAGAAAUGACGUUUGGGGAUAACUGUUUAAAGAUUCAGCAUGCGUCUGGGUUUGGUAUCCAGUUUAAUGCCAUUGAUGCAAUAAAGUUAGUUGACAAUAAACACGACCUGAUGAAGGUAGCAGUGGCUGACCAAUGGCAAAGAGAAAGACAGGGUUCUGAAUUCAUUAAGGAAGUGAUUAAGCCAUUUGAUUGGACCUACACCACAGAUUACAAAGGAACACUGAUUGGAGAGGCAGAUAAUUCCCUUAGGAUCCAGCCAACAACUGAUAGAAUUGAUAUUGAAAAAUUAAAAGUGAAAGAAAAGAUAUAUUUUUAUGAGGAUUUAGUACUGUUUGAGGAUGAGCUUGCAGAUAAUGGAACAGCAAAACUGAAUGUCAAAAUGCGUGUGAUGCAAAGCUCUCUGUUCCUGUUGCUUCGCUUUUUUCUAAGAGUUGACAAUGUCAUGGUCAGAAUUAAUGAUACUAGGCUGUAUCAUGAGGCUGGCACAUCGUACUUACUUAGAGAAUACUCCUCAAAAGAGAAAGAAGUUUCAAAACUAAAGUGCUCUCUCGUAGACCCCUCGGAGCUAAACGAACAUUUAGACACUAAACUGGAGUUGUUUGAGAAGCUGGAAUUUCCUGAGGGUGUAGAUUGCACAAAUGGGGUAAAAACGAGCGCACGGGCAGUAGCGUCUACAUGACCAGACACCUGACCAGACACCUGAGCGUCAGGGAUAAUUAAGUUUAGUCAGGUCAGUCUUUUUUUGUUACAGUAAAAAGAAACAAUCUGAGGAAAGAAGGGAAGAUGUCAAAAAUAAGUCAAAUGAAUAGGGAGAGUAAAACGUCGUCAGGAAACACGUUAAAGAAAGGAGGGGAGAGGAAAGAAGGGGGGUCUGUGCAACCCCCAAUGUACGCGCUUAGAAUAAAGGGACAAACGUGGUGUGUGAAAGUGAAAUGCAAUUAAAUGUCACUUUAUCUUUUAGUCGAAAACAGCUUUGCAAUAAAAUGCCUCACGGGCCAUCGAGUACACCCAAAAGUGUGUGUGUGUGUGUGUGUGGAAAAAAAAAACAAAUACAUUUUAAACUAGUUUUGUAGAUUAAUUUUUCUGAUCUUUUACUGAUUUAUCUCCGACUGGCCUCUGAUAACAAUGGAAGUUUAAGUAGGUGCUUAGACAAGUUUGCCGGUUAAAUUUUCCACUCGACUGACUGAACUCGUUUUGUAACUUAUUUCCUAGCACCAAUGAAAUAUAUUAAUUCUAUCCUAAAAAAUACGACUAGCAUCUCCCAAAUUGAGAUGUAUCCCCUCACACUACCUCCUCUGCCCUCUCUUCGCUCCCCUUCAAAUCCCCUCUCCCCCCUUCACUGAAUAAAUUGUAGUAUUUUUUAUACACUCCGUAGCUCAUUCCUAAUUCCCUGCUAGCAGAGGCCUCUUUUCUUUGUAUUUCGCUGGGCUGGCGUUCAGCGAAAUACAAAGGAAAAAAGGCAUCUGCUAGCAGGGAAAUUCCUGAGGGCUCAAAUACAUAUAUUUUAUUAUUCUUUUUGUAUACGUAAAAUAAAUGUCGCACAGUGCU